GUCUCGAAAGACACCUCCAGAAGACACUGCCCGUGGGCUUCCAAAGUGCAAUCAUGGCAUACGACUACAUAAUUCCUUUUGGACGAGCGUCCUGCGGAAGGCUGAUGGUAAUCCGAUGCGUUUCAUCCAGGAUUUCCCUGGGUCUUUUGCUACUCGUUUUGAUGCCUUGAAGGACAUGACCCAUUCUUCGGAUCGGAACCACUGCAUACAUAUAAAGGACCCUACUGCAAUGUGUUACAGCGCGUACAGCGCGUAUAGCUUGAUUCUCUGUGCUGUGCUUUCCCUGGGUUUUCCUGCACUUGAUCUUGUGCUCUGAAAACUACUUUUGAGGAUCCGACUUCUGCUGCAAAUACUAGUCCUGAAUAUGCCGACCGAGAGUAAGGUCGACGUCUUGGUGCUCGGCGCAGGUCCGGCAGGGCUUAUGUGCGCGCAAGGCUUGAAGAGAGCUGGAGUGAAUGUUCGUAUUAUAGACAAGAGACCCAAAAAGGUGGCGGCUGGACAAGCAGAUGGUGUACAACCCAGGACUAUCGAGGUUCUUCAGAGCUAUGGUUUGGCGGAACGACUACUCCGCGAAGGGAACCAGAUGCACAUGGUGGCAUUCUACAAUCCUAGCCCGAAUGGUGGCAUCGAACGUACCGGGCGAACUGCCGACAUUACAGCGCCGUCAGCACGAUAUCCAUUUGAGGUAACAUUGCAUCAAGGAGCCAUCGAAGCUAUCUUCCUAGAUUCAAUGCGCGAGCUGGGGUUGGAGGUGGAUAGGCCGAUCAUUCCCACGGCUCUGGAACUCUCACAUGAUGAGAACGAAUUGAGAGACCCACAGUCAUAUCCAGUCAAAGUUACGUUGAAGCAUUUGGACUUCGGAAGUGAAGGUCAGGAUGAUACAGAGAUCGUAUACGCCAAAUUCGUUGUAGGAGCGGAUGUUCUGACCUUCUCAGGCGCACAUUCCUGGGUACGCAAAACUCUAGGAAUCAUCAUGGACGGGGAACAAACGGACUACAUCUGGGGAGUCGUUGACCUCAUACCAUCCACCAACUUCCCGGACAUCCGAAACCGCUGUGCCAUCCACUCUUCCAAUGGGUCCUGCAUGAUCAUCCCUCGCGAAGGUGACAAAGUCCGACUGUACAUCCAACUGAGCGAUAAAGAUGUCGUCGUCGAUAAAGCAACUGGGCGUGUCGAUAAGGAGAAGACGAAAGUGGGACCAGAGGAGUUAUUGGAGGUUGCAAGGAAAUCUUUCAGCCCAUUUACGAUAGAGAAGGCUGGUGAGAUAGACUGGUGGACAAUUUACCUCAUUGGGCAACGUGUUGCGCAGAAGUUCUCCGUUCAUGAACGUGUCUUCAUUGCUGGAGAUGCCUGCCAUACCCAUUCGCCUAAAGCAGGUCAAGGAAUGAAUGCUAGCAUGAAUGAUACCCAUAACUUAAUCUGGAAGAUGACCUAUGUUCUACGAGGAUGGGCAGACAUAUCUCUCUUAAGGACUUACGAAUUUGAACGUCGGAAAUACGCACAAGACCUGAUUGCCUUCGACAAGAAGUUCUCAGCUCUGUUCAGUGGUAAGCCAAGGACUGAAGAAUGUCAGGAUGGUGUCAGUCACGAAGCCUUCCUCGAGGCUUUCCAAACUUUCGGAGCCUUUUCAUGCGGCAUCGGCAUUCAUUACUCCCCCUCUUCCAUUCCGUCAAUGCCGAAUAUCACAGAGCUAAAGCAUCAAUCCCUCACUUCGCAUCAAACCGUUGGCAUGCGCAUCCUACCUCACGUCUUUGUCCGAGCUGCAGACGCACGUCCUUUCGAAAUUCAAGACCUUCUUCCAGCCAAUACGAAAUGGAAACUCGUGGUCUUCGUAGGGGAUAUUGGACCUGGGAAGAUCAAGCAAAUCGAACGCGUUGCGAAGCUGGCCGACGACCUGGGUAAAUCUACUGGUCUUCUGAAGAGGUAUGAAGAUGGUGUAUUCGAAAUCCUGACUAUAUGUGCGACGGUAAAGGAAUGCCUGAAUUAUACCGACCUUCCGGAGGUUCUGCGACCUCAUUGGUCAAGGGUCCUUUUGGAUGACGUUGACAUGUUCGGGCGCACCGGAGGCAAAGGAUAUGAUAUUUAUGGCGUUGACCCUUCGCAAGGAGCUAUCAUCGUGGUAAGGCCGGAUGGGUACGUUGGUACUGUGACACCUUUGGAAGGGGUGAAAGAUUUGGAGACAUAUUUUGAUACUUUUCUAAUUCGUACGCUAUAAUAUUGGACAAUGGGAAUGUUGGAUGCGUGGCAUUUGUCUGUCUUUCUGUACAAUAUAAAGCCUAGGUUGUAUGAUGAGAAAUACGUAAAUAGUGAAUCAUACCGUGACCC